AUGAAUUUUUACUGAACAUUUUCACCUAUCAGACAUAACUUCCAACUUCGUGUGCAUUUUUCAGUCAGCUGGCCAGUAGUAAUAACCUUAACACAUUGGAUAUGAUUCAAAGCGGUAUUUCAUCAUAUGCAUAUUAUCUCUAACUGAUAGGUCAUCCAGAUAUUUUUCUUAAAGGUAUCUCGUCCAGAAAACAGAGAAGAUGUGGCUCAUUGCCUUGAGCACCAGAUUUUCAGCCAGUAGGUUGAUAGUUCAAAUUCUGCCUCAUCUACUUCAACCUGGUUAUCUGGGGGGUAUCAUUAUCCUCUACACAAAAUCAGCAUGGAUCAUAGGUUGGAAAAUAAAAACCUCUUCUGGAAACUUAGUUCAGAUAAACACAUGAGGCUAGUUAUUGUAGCUAUUAAGUGUAAAAGAUCUACUGAGGAAAAUCUAUGCACAUAAAAGUACUAGUUACUUUGAGAUGAGACCUUGUGCAAUUAAAAGCUUGUCUCAUUGAAUCAUUUAUGUCCUUCAUCUGUUGCAUUCUAGACUUUCAAAUGUUGACUUGCUGAGUGCUGAAGAAUCCCAAAAAAGACGAAAUAGCUAUCCAACACUCUCUUUGUUUUUCAGUGCUUCUGUAACUGAUGUCAUUUCGUAAUCCAACUUACUCGAGAGUCUUUUCUGAAACUCUUCUAAUGAAAUUAUAAAUCUUAUAAGAUUGUUUAUGUUUAAAUGCGUAAUAUUUAGCUUCAUUACAAGUCAUCCUAUUAUGAAAAUAAGCCCACGUUAUAGUAAACCCAAUCAACUAGAGCAAUGUGAAAUUGUUGCUGUUCUCGUUAAUGGUGAUGUCAUAAUUGUAAGCAGUAAUGAACGUGAAAGUUUUUCAUUUGAUCAAAGCAUUGUACAAAGUGGUGCCUUAUGCUCAUCUCUGCAUACGUGUAAUGCUGGGAUAAUUGCCACGUAUUCAGGAACUGCUCUACUGUGUAAACAUACUGAUGAUAGUCAUACAUUUAAACUUUUCCCAGGAUAUAUUGGUUUGUGUGGCAAAGAAGUAUGGAUUAAAUCGUUGAGUACGUUACAUAACUCACAAUCAGAAAAGAAUAAUGUAUUAUAUUUAGCUGAAUGUCAAAUGGAUUGUUAUUGGAAAGUGAUUAUUGCUAACUGCAUUGGUGAUGUAUUGACAGAGUUCUCGUUUCAGAAUUUAUCACUCAGAGUGACUGCCUACUGUGCAGUACUGUUACCUACAAAAGAAGAUAAUUAUUCAAAUGUAUAUUUGAUCUUAGCAACAUCAGAUAAUAAUUUACAUCUUUUACAAUGCACAAUAAACAAUUCUACUCAAAUUGUUUCAACACACUGGAAACUGUAAAAUAACAAACUGUCUGGUUACUUCAUUACUUCAUCACUUCGAUCGUGAUAUGGAGUGAACUUCUCACCAUCUUGGAAUUAUUUCUACCUCUAUUGAGAUAAUGUGGUUAGAUACACCUAGAAAAAGAAUUCCUGUUUUUUUGUCUGGUUCCGGCAAACAAUCUAUUAAAUUUAAUUUCAAAUUAAGACACGACACAAGUAUUGCACAGUGUUUAUCAGUGAGUUGGUUGGAAGCAGUUAAGUAUUUGAGGCAUGAGUUAACUCCAAUUUCCCUUCCAUGAUGUAUUAACAAUUAUUGAAGACCAAAGAUAGACGUUUCUUCCUAGCCCGAGGUUGGUCAUCAGUGCACAAACACAACUACAUGUGAAGUUGAAUUUAGAACUACCAGGUGAGGAGAUGACUAAUUGUGAGAUCACUGUUUCAGGAUGUUUUAUAUUAGCAUUCUAGUGAUCGCAUAAUAUAUUUUAGCCAACCUUGCAUAAAAUCACUCUGGACGUGAGUAACUUUUUGACUGGUUAUUUUGUUUUAGCGUUGAGGUUUUAGAUUUUGAUGGUGAUCAACAGAAACUUUGAGAUUUGCAUUCACGAUUACCUGCUAACUUUUAUGUAAUGAAUAUCAAAAGGGCACCAUCAUAGAAAGAAAACUUAUUAUAUGACUUUGCUACUUCACUUGUAUCUAACAAUUUGUAAAUGACAAAGAUGAUCUGUAGCUCAGGUGGACGCUUUUGAUAUGAUUGCGUUCUCUGAGUUGAGUGAUUUAAUUACAAAGCCUCCAUUGUACUUCCAGACAACAUCUUCUACUCAAGAUUUAAUGUGAAGUGAAAUUAUUUGAAUUCUUCUGGAAUGAUAUAAUUGUAUCUCCAGCAAGACACACAACAUCCUCCCUCAAAAAGCAAAAGGAGAUUCGUCUUGCCAUAUAAAGAAUAUUUCUGAAAUAACGGUUACAAUACUAAAACCAUUCGAAAUAGAUAUCACACAGAAACCAAUACAAUCACUUCAUUCAAUACUACUCAAACCAAAAGACCCAGAACAAAAGAAAACAAGAUAAUCACCAUCUAAAAAAUAAGUUGCAUAAAUUAUGAUAAGAUCUAUGCUGGUUAAACUGGGCAUCCCAUGACACUACGAAUCCACGGACACAAACUAGCUAUCAAAAUACGCGCCGUGUAUUUUUUUAUAUCAGUAAAUGUGCAGACAACUGUGGACAUGAAUUUCACUGGGAAAAUGUAGAAAUUUUAAACCGUGGCAAUACCAAAUAAAUGCCGAGAAAUUCUUAGAAGCCUGGUACUCAGAUGAAUAAACAACCAACAGAAACAUUACUAUAGAUCAAUUUUAUGAACUGGUAACGAAUGAGACAAAUGACCAAAACUGUCAAAUUCAAAAUCAAUAAAAACGAUCAAUACUAAUGCAAAUUAGCAAAUGAUCCCUAUUAUAUCACUCAUGGAGAGUUCAAAUAAGUGCACUUCAUACUGAAAAAUGUGUUCAAGAUGUUCUCUAGAAGAACAAUGAAAGCUUACAAUCAAAUCAUCAAGCUUGGAGAACGAAACCACACCAAAAUCUGUGGACAAACAGUUGAUUUUCAAGAGUUAGUUCGUAGGGAUUGACGGAAGUUAGAAUUCACCAGCCACUGGAUUCUGGUCCAAAUGAUCUAAUGAGCAAAGAGCUUGAUCUCACAAAUUGAACACCCAGGGUCCGACCCCCAUUAGCUGCGUACUUCUGAAGAAUCUCAAAAAAGGACGAGACGGUUAUCCAGUACUCCCUGGAUUUCAGUGGUUCUCUCACUGAUAUCAGUCUGUGAUCAAACUUGAAAUAAACAGUUGCUUAUUUUGUUUCUAUGAAUCGCUAGUCUUAUUAUUCCCAAAAUAACACAAUUACCAUAUCGUUGUGACAUAUAGAUACUGAAGACUCAAUUCCUUCUUAAAAUUAUUUUUUGAAAUGAAAUGAUUACUACUAUUAUUAGUGAACAGUAGUAAAACGGUAGUUGUCAUACUAAACGAUAUUAUUUAUAUUCCCUUGGUGAAAAUUUGUUUUCUAUGUGACAUUCAUAAGUCGGACAGAGUGCAAUUGAAAACAUAUUAAGCCGCGCCCUUUCAAUAAUCCAAGAGCUGAAUUUACUUUAUGACUGACGGACAUAUUUGUUUUCAUGUUAAGAUGAACUGUGAGAAAGGACGUCCUUAAAGUUUAUGAUGACAAUAUAUAUUCAUGCUAACUUCACGACAACAUAUAUUUCUUUUCUUUUAUAGAUCACUGUCUAUCCAACUGAAGCACAGGUCACUAAACUUACCAUUGUCAAUGAAAACCCCUUAAUAAUUCUUUGUGGUGACGUACAAGGUCGAGUUGACUGUUAUGCCUUACUGUGAUAACCUAAUUCAUAUCAUUUCCAGAAACCUGUUUUAUUUUUCUCCCUUUUAUAUCGCGCAAUGGAUUCCCCUAGAUGCAAGUAGUAUUAUUAAUUUGUCAUAUCAUGGUUUUGAUAGAGACAGUUUUCUAAUCUUUUCUUAUAGUAAUAAUUUUAUUGGACUCAUGGAUUUUUUAAAAUACCAUCUGUAGUUUAUUUGCAUCACUUGUCAUUGAUUAAAUAAAUUAUCUUUCUCUUUUUCAGUCUUUAUUCAACUGUUCCUUAACUUUAUCUGUUUCAAUCUAGCUCAAAAGUCUGAAAAGAGCAAUUUGGAGUCAUGUAGAAAAAAACAGCUGCAUUAUUUCCCAUGAUAUCAUCUAGUG